AUGAAUGAAGUGAUUACACGUGCGAAAGCAGCCGUCCUAGGAAUUCAUGUUCCUUCGCCUCCGCGAACUGUUUCGCAGCCGCCUUCAGUACCAGUUAUCCAACAAGUUACGGAGCCGGCGAUACCUGGUCUGGAUUACACUGCACAGUCACAACAUCCGACACAACCGUAUGCUGCUCCAGUAGUGUCAGAACAGUCUCUGAAACCCUCGUCGUUCGCUCCAGAUCCAUCUGAAUUUAACAAGCCAUUGUAUAUGCGUGGGCCACCACAAUCCCAACAUGUACCACCGUCAGCAGCUGCUCCAACAGUACCACAACAACAGCCGGUGCUUCCUGCACAAAAUGGAGAAUACCAUUCAGCUCACAAACCUGCUUACCCUACCAUCGGAGACAGCUACCCUCCAACGGCUCAUCAUCCACCGCAGAACGCGCGACCUCACGCACCAGCUCCUGCAGAUGUGACCCAAAAUUAUGAAAAGAGGUAUCCUCCGAGGGCACCUGAGCAGAAAAGUUUUCCUCCACCACAAGGGUCAUAUAGACAUGACGAAGGUUUCUUUAACAAACCCCCUCAGCAGCAUAAUCCUGAGCCAGCACCAAGAUUUUUCGGUAGUCCACCCAGGAAUCCGGCGACCUCAAAACCGUCAGGGCCACAAAGUGGACCGGGUCCUCGACCUCCACCUCUCCCUAACAGAAAUACGAUGGGACCACCUCAACCCCAUAUGAACAAAACCCCAUUGCUUGGACCGAAUUUUGGUGCUGGACCGACACCCUCAAGAACUAGCGCACCAAGUGGUCCAAAAUACGUGGAACUGAGUCGACUGCCGACUGAAAUGUUGCGUCCAGCUGUACUAGAGCAGUUUCUCAGACCUUCUGUGCCGCUGCAGAUUUCUUCUGUUAAAGUUGUGUACAGUAGUCAAGUAGUCAAGGUAAGUAUUUCGUGGUUGGGAGAAACUUUCUAUAAACUCACGGGAGACUGGAUAAACUUUUACGUUGCAGGAAUCCACAUGCAUACACUAGUGCGCUUUGAAAAUGCAGCAGACGCAGAUUCAGUAAUUGCCAGAGAUGGGGAACAAGGAAUACGUGUUCGCCAGUCGACCAAAGCAGUUUUUGACGAGGCCGUUGACGGUAUUCCUCCCGCUAUAAUCUCUGUA